CUGUUGGUUAUGUUUAUGUUAUGUUGUGGAAGUGUGAAUUUGUUUUUCUGGUCCUACACUCCAGUGGGAUCCACCGAACAUCGGCCAUGAACCAGGAAGACUCAAGUCGCAGGGCAGCCACCCUGAGCACUGCUCGCUCGCCCACCUUCUUCACCCACACCGACAUCCAGGCCCAACUGCAGAACCUGCUCCUCUCCAGCUCAUCCAUCUCAUCCACACUCUCGAUCGACAACGAACAUCUCGACCAACUGGCGGCGAUCAUCAGGAACAUCCACUUAUCAAAACAGCAGGACGCCUUCCUCAACCAUCUCAACAAGUUCAUCAUCCAAAAGGAAGCAGAGAUAGAGGCCGUCUCUCGUGGCCACUAUCAAGACUUCUUGGGUUCAGUCGAUAAACUAUUAAGCGUUAGACAAGGUACCAUCUCCUUAAAAUCGCACGUCGUCUCACUCGAUGCGUCAUUACAAACAUCAGGCACAAGUCUGGCAACCGUCCGCUCAUCACUACUCGAUGCCAGGAAGGUAUCAACCAACAUCCAAGAGACCAUCGAGACCCUACAAUCCUGUCUCAAGGUCCUCGACCUGUCCAAGAAACUCAGCCAACAGAUCUCCGAGCGCAAGUUCUACUCAGCCCUGCGCUCGCUAGACGAGCUCCAAUUCGUACAUCUCAAGCCUCUCCUGGGCUUUGCCGCCUUUGCCGGCUACCUCGGCGAGGCUCUCCCGAACGAGAAGAUCAGGAUCAGGGAGGAGGUCACCAAGCAGCUCAACUCUUGGCUCUAUGACGCCCGUCAACAGAGCCAACAGCUCGGACGUCUCGCUCUCGAGGCACUCGAGCUCAGAGAUCGUCGUUGGAAGGCCCGUAAGGAUCGCCUGAAUACACAAGAUACCGCGUCGAUGGCCUUGCUCGUCAAUCUCAACACCCCCGUUGAGAUCGCCGUCAGUGAACGUCAUGACUAUCAUGUCUUAGAUUCUGGCGAUGGAAGCCUGAUCGAUUUCGGGCCACUCUAUCUGGCGAUCCACAUCCACGAGACCUUAGACGCGAGGGAGGAACUCCAGAAGUCUUUCCGCGACGACCGACGUGCUCAAGCGCACUUGAUCCUCGCUUCGAUGUCAAGCAAUAGUGGCGGUUCGUCGGCAUUCACACUCGACUCACUGGGCGCGUUGAUCGAACAGAUUGCUGGCUUCUUCAUCAUCGAGGCCCAGAUCCUAAGGACCACCAAGGCCUUCAGAGACGAAAACGACGUCGAUUCCCUGUGGGAGGAGCUCUCCGAUCGCAUCGUUUGCAUCGUCCGCCUUGGACUCACCAACUGCUCCGAUCUAGACUUACUCAUGGGUGUCAAGGCCAGAUUACUAUCGUUUUCUCAAGCAUUGGAAUCAUACAACUAUACAGUCGCGCAAUUUCAUGAGCUCUUGAGCUCAUUAUCGACAGAAUAUAUCGACCUGUUGUUCAAGAAAUUCUCGGUCGAGUUCGAGCAGUUUAUCCAAGAAGAUGAUCACCAACCAAUGCUGGUGCAUAACGCGGACGAGUUCUCGAAGGUAGUCGAAGUGAGCUUCUUGCCCAACCACGGGAUCUGGACCAAGGCUGAACUGGCCAAACAGACCUUUCCCACCGCGCUGCCUUUCUCUCAAGCAUAUCCUUUGUGUUGCAUCCAUAUUCGAAACUACGUCACCAAUCACUACGCCUACUGUGAAUCGAUCACCCGGGACGCCGAUGACUCCAUCCGGAAAUGCUUGGAUUCUUUGUUGAUCUCCCAUGUCGGCUUGCACAUGUUCAGCCAAAUCAAUCUGACCAAAAACUUAUCCCAACUGGCCCAAAUCGUCAUCAAUACCUUAUUCUUCUUGACAGCAUGUGAGGGAUUGGAGGCGAUCUUAGUCCAACUAAGAGUCAGUGCCCGGUUUAUCUCGCCCGAGUUAGAGGCCAAAGCAAUGUUCAAGAAGUUGUUGAAGACGGGCGAGCAGAAGAUAUUAGGAGAGAUCCAGGAGAAGAUCCAGGAUUUCUUCGAACUCUCGGAGUAUGACUGGCGGCGGAAGACGGCGAUCGAGCCCGGGGAUCAGACGGAUGAUGGAGGCGGCCGGGUUAAUGAGCAGGAAACUAGCGUCUAUCUCAAGGAGUGUCUCAGCUUCAUCGAUACUCUGAUCGAUAACGUCCUCGUCCUCACCCCCGUCGACUUUAACGAGAACAUCUUCUUCGGCGCUUGGAUGUUCAUCGGCCAACGAUUAAAGUCGUUCUUGAUCGAUAGAGAACCCGCAGCGAUCUCCGACGGCGGCUUGUCCGUCCUCAUGAACGACAUCCAUUUUGCGUCCCAUCGGCUCCGCAAGUCUCCCUUCUCAUCCUCCGCUUCGAAUACGUCCUCCUCCCCGAUCUCCCUAGAAGUCCAUAAGUUUUUCAGGGAAUUGGUCCAAACCGUCAAUUUGUUGGCAAGUCCUGAUGUCGGCAAGUAUCUCGACCUUGAUUAUCGGGCGAUGAAGUACGAUCUAGUCCGAUCGGAAUCAUUGCCGUUGAUGUUGGUCAAAUUAUUGACGUGUAUGAACUCGGUGGGCUCGAAUGUGGAUCCGAUCCGCAAAUCUUCCGUCCAAGAGGUUUUGAAAGCACUUUCUCCAUAGGUCGUUUGAAGAAACCGCGUGUUUUUAACUUUAUCCAUCUUUGUCUAUCUAUCAUGUAGUUGUUCAAAAGUCUUGGCUGUACUUAUACACAUAACAUGUAGAUAUUUUAUACAAAAGAACUGGCCUCAGUUUACUUUCAACAUUGAUCCUUUUUGAUUUGUCUUUUGUCACCUGUUAAAGCACCCUUUCCACAACUAAUUUAUUGUUCAUUGUCGCCAUCAUUCUCUCCAGAUGCCUAGUCUUCUUUUGGGCAUCAGUAAGAAACAGUUUCAAACAAGC